AAACGUCAAAUCGGAAGGGAAAGUGCGAUGCACUUUUUUCAGCUCAGCUCAGUCACAAUCUUCAUUUUCAUCAUGGCUUUACGUUUCCGAAGUGUGUCAUAGAGAAAAACACGAUUUUCGCGUAAAUAUCAGUGAAAUUCGGUACGCAAAGUGUCCGCCGUCAUCCCCGGGACUCCAUUCACGAUGGAUUUCGGCAAGUUGCUGAGCGUGGCCCAGCGCAAUGCCACCAACUCGGAGCAGAAAUCUUCCGAGUCCCGUUACUACUCGACCAAAUUCGCCCCACCCAAGAAGGAAUCCAAGGACAAGAAACUGUCGGCUAACAUCCAGAAGUUCCUCGCCAAAAAAGAAGAGGAAGAACGCCAGAAGGCCCUGGAGGAGAAACGCAAACGCGAUGAGUUGAUGGCCAAGCGGGACCCCAAGGCGAAGAAGAAGAUCGAAAAGAUGCUGAAGGUCAUCAAAUCGGCAAACAAAUCGGUGCUGGACGAUGCCAUCGAUCAGAACGACACGGCCGUCACGUUGCAAGGUCCGGAACAGCCGGACGAAGACGAUUAUGGUUACACGUCUAAUGUGGCGUCCCAACUCUACCAGCAGCUGAUGGACAAGUACAAGAACACUCCGGAGGAGAAGAAGUUCAAGGACGGCUCCAAACGGGUCAUGUCCAAAGAGGAUAUGGAACGCGCAAAGGCACGAGUGAAAGAUGCCUUGAACCGGGUUGAGGAGGAAGAGAAUGCUCCUAGGACUAGGAAGCGGAAAGAUGCUGGGGAAGGAAGUACCCGGACGAGGAAAGUGCAAGUGGUAGUAGCAAAGCUGGUCGGUCCGGAUAGGUAUGAUCCGGAGGAGGAACGACGGAAAGAAGCAGAAGCGAAGGCGAAGGAGGAAGCUGCCAAGAAGAAAGCACGAAGACCUGCGGGACCUGCUCCACCGGAUUUUGCCACGUUGCUCAAAUUGGCCGAGCAGAAACAGAUGGAACCGGUAAAGGUAGAGGUCCCAGUAGUAGAAAAGAAAAAAGAACCGGAACGUCUCAUGACUAAGAAAGAGAAGAAAGAGUACGAAGAACGCCAAGCUUAUCUAGAGCAGAAAAGGAUUCGGGAUCGAAUACGAAACGAUCCUCGUCUUUCGGAGAAGGAGCGACAGAUCAAAUUGGCACAGUACGAUGCAAUCAAAGCUGGGAAGGUUCCACCAUCUGCCGGGGCCAACAAACCCGGACCAACUAGUACAAAUGUGAUGACACCAAAUGGGCGUAUUCCAAAGCUGAACUCGUCCGCCGGAUCUUCUGAGAAGCCAUCAACGGCGUCUCCAAAGCCAACAUCAUCCAGUUCCAGUUCCAAGCCUUCCUCUUCCUCCCGACCAGACGAAAAACGGACGUUCCCGCAGAAAACCUCUGCCGAGGCAGCGUCCGCCAAGAGCAAACUCGAAGCGGCUCUCACAGCAUCCAGGAAGCCUCCCAGCAGCGCACAAUCCUCUUCCGCCUCCAGGGAACCAUCUAGCAUUAAAAAACCAGUUCCAUCGUCUCAACAGAAUGGCGCUGCGAAAAUCUCAUCCACCGCGAAACCAUCACCACAAUCUUCAGCAAAACCCACGCCUUCAUCAACGGCCAAUGGCCAAAAAACCAGACCAUUCCCGCCGGCGGACGUACCUCAGAAGACCCGCCAAUUCCCGCCACCAGACGUGCAGAAAACGCGCCAAUUCCCACCGCCGGAUGUGCAAAAAACACGCCAGUUCCCACCUCCGGAUGUGAUGCGGAAACGACCGCUGGAUGCCCGUGGCAAACCAUCCUCGUCGGCCCCGAUGAAGAAACGCCGCCCCGUCAUCGAGGACAGCGACAGCGAGUACGACUCGGAAAUGGACGAUUUCAUCGACGAUGGCGACGAGGAGAUGGACUACUCGUCCCAGAUCAAGGCCAUCUUCGGGUACGACAAAUCGCGCUACCGGGACGAGGACUUUGACGACCGGGAGAUGGAAUCGACCUUCGCCCAACAGAUGCGGGAGGAGUUCAUCAGUAAGAAGAUCGGUCUGAUGGAAGAUCUGGAGGAUAUGCGCAUGGAGGAGGAGGAGAAACGGAUGAAGGCCCUCAAGAAGAAGCAGGCGGCCAAGCGGAAAUGAAAAUGGUUCUAGAGGAUCAGGCAAUUGCUGUUUGGAAGGUUUUGAUUAAUUUUACACCACUUAUGCAAAUACCUAUUUAUUUUUUAAUAAUGAUUUAUUAAUUUUUGUUAGUGCUUUAUUACGCUAAAUACCCACGUUUAGCAAAAUUCGUUAGAACACUGAGAGGGCGCUUUUGAGAUUUUAGUGCGAGAGCUUCUUCUGAUAGGUUGAUUUUGUUACGCAACGUACUUUGGUUUGAUUUGCAAUAGAUUUUUUUUAACCAACUACCUAAAUUAGCCCAAUAAAAAAAGUGCAAAACGACGAUUUAGAAGGAAAAUAGUGAAAGACCAUGUUGUCGAUAAAUUGUGGCCCACAAAUUUAUGGAAUAAAAGCGAAUGAAAAUUAUACAAAAGUAUACAUAACAAUA